GGCUCAGACUACGCAUGCGUGGACAUUUACCCAGCAGGUAAACUCCACCAUGGCGGCGAGAGGCCAUGUGCAGGACCCCAACGAUAGGAGGCUGAGACCCAUAUACGAUUACCUUGAUAAUGGCAACAAUAAAAUGGCAAUACAGCAGGCGGAUAAGCUGCUGAAAAAACAUAAGGAUCUGCACUGUGCCAAGGUGCUAAAGGCGAUCGGUCUCCAGAGGACUGGAAAGCAGGAUGAAGCUUUCAGUUUGGCCCAGGAGGUGGCCACUCUAGAACCUACUGACGACAACUCACUUCAAGCUCUGACCAUACUGUACAGAGAGAUGCAUCGUCCCGAGUUGGUCACUAAGCUCUAUGAGGCUGCAGUGAAGAAGGUUCCUCUCAGCGAGGAGUACCACUCACACCUCUUCAUGGCUUACGCUCGGGUGGGAGAAUACAAGAAGAUGCAGCAGGCAGGGAUGGCCUUGUAUAAAAUCGUCCCCAAGAAUCCAUAUUACUUCUGGUCUGUCAUGAGUCUGGUGAUGCAGGCGAUCUCGGCACGAGAUGAAAAACUGGCCCAAACCAUGUUCCUGCCUCUGGCUGAGCGCAUGGUGGAGAAAAUGGUAAAGGAAGAGAAGAUUGAAGCAGAAGCAGAGGUGCAGCUGUAUUUUAUGAUCCUGGAGCGUUUAGGAAAAUGUGUUGAGGCUCUCGAAGUGAUCAGGGGUCCACUUGGGGACAAGCUGACUAGUGAACUGCAGAGCAGAGAAAACAAGUGUAUGAUGCUCUACCAGCGACUGCAGCGCUGGCCAGAGUGUAACGCCUUGGCUCACAAGCUGCUACUCAAAAAUCCUGAUGAUUGGCAGUUUUAUCCCUCCUACUUCGACUCGCUCUUUCACCUGAUGGAUCAGUCGUGGAGCCCGCCAGAAGAAGGCGAACACUGCUCAGAGGGUUUGGUACAUCACACUGUGGCCGAAGUGGUGAGGUUUGUGGAGGAGAGAAUUAAGGGUGAGGAUGGCAAAGAUUCUCGUUCGCUCAGAGGGCCGUAUUUAGCUCGGCUCGAAUUAAUGCACAGACUGAGAGAACGAGGCUGUCCUGAAGAAAGCCUGCUCGGUGACCCUUUAGAGCUGAUGGUGCAGUUCUUUGGGAAGUUUGGAGACAAGCCCUGCUGCAUCACCGACCUGAAAAUAUACCUGCAUCUUCUCUCUCCUGAACAGCACAUUCAGUUCAUUAAUCGUCUGAGUGAAGCGGUGCCAUUGGGCGAACAGGGAGAAGAAGGCUUUGCUUUUCCGGAGGACACCAAAGCGCUGCAGAGACAUUUGUGUGUGUGUCAGCUGAGUCGAGCACUCGGCCUGCAUCACUCACUUGACAUGGAUGGAAAACUGCGGCUCAUCACUGAGCUCAAGGCUCACUACCGUCACGGGCUGAAGUUUGGGAAACACGCACUGAAGACGGAGCUGCAGUUCUCUGAUAUGUAUUGUCUCAUGGCAGCUCAUGUAUACAUUGACCUGUGGACAGAGACUGGCGAUGAGAACAUGGCGUGGCAGUGUUUGGGCAUCCUUCAGGAGGGUCUGUCUCACAGCUCUUCUAACGCCCAGUUCAAGCUGCUGCUUCUGCUCCUCUACUGUCACCUGGGAGCCUUUGAGCCUGUUGUGGACCUUUACUCCAGCCUGGACGCCAAGCAUGUACAGCACGACACCAUAGGGUUUCUGUUAACACGGUAUGCUGAGUCGUUGGGUCAGUUUGCUGCUGCCUCCCAGUCCUGUAAUUUCUCCCUCAGGUUUUUCCAUUCUAACCAGAAAGAUACCUCAGAGUAUAUCAUCCAGGCGUACAAGUAUGGAGCAUUUGAGAAAAUCCCAGAGUUCAUUGCUUUGAGAAACAGGUUGAACCAGUCGCUGCACUUUGCACAGGUCCGCACUGAGAGGAUGCUGCUGGACCUGUUCCUGGAGGCAGAUAUUGUGUUAAGUCUGGAGGAGAGUGUGAAGGCCAUGUCUUUGUCUGCAGAGGACGACAUCCCCUGGGAUAAUAUGAGGGACAACAGGGACCUUACUGUUUUUACCAACUGGGACCCUAAAGAGAGACAAUUGACUGAUGAGCAUCGGCGUCAGUCUCUCGAGGAAGAGUCUGUGUGGCUGAGGAUACGUUCUCUGACGCUUCGCCUUCUCGCCUCGUUGGCUGCACUGGGACACACGUCGUCGCAACAAAACUCUGAGAUAUCUAACGAGAACGGAGUCGGAGACAAGACGUCAGUCCUCAGCAGUCUGCUGUCCGAGCUCAGCCAGACCCUGCAGACAGCGGCUCAGAUAGCAGAAAAACACAUACAGUAUCCAUUCUUGGGACCACCCUCCACUCGCCUGACUCAAGCUCUGUCCAGUGGAAGCUGUCAGUGUCAAGCUGCAGCCCUACAGCUGUCUGUCCACCUGCAGGAGCUUGAGACGGCUGGACUUGAUGACUCGUCAGAGCUUCAGACACAGAUCUGUAACGGUUUCAAAUCAUUAGUAGUUCAGCUUCAAGAAAUACUGAAUAAAUGCAAAGGGGAUUUAUUGGAAAUGAAAGAAAGCACAUUAAAAACCAGGCCCUCCUUAUUAGAAAACCUAAUUUUCUUUGUUGAGACGGUGUGCAUAGUCUUGUGGAUGGCUAGUUACUGUGCCAAGAUCCUUCGACCUCUGAAGACAAGUCUACAGAAGAAGAAAAAGAAGAAAAAGGAUGCAAACACAGCUCUGCCAGUGGUGGUGUGUGGCUUCCAGGAGCUGACAGGGAGCUUACAGGACCUACUCAACCAGGCUUUGGAGCAUAUAAAGGGGCAGGAAACUGGCAUGACAGCCCUGAAACUGGCCAGUUUAACCCUGGAAGGGUACACACAGGAGGAGGUGUCGUUUACGAAGGCUGCUAUGGACAAGGUGCAGAGCAGUUAUCUGCGUUCGCUACAGGAGGUGGGAGAUCUGCUUAAGAAGAGAGCAGAAACUAUAAAAAACCUCAAGAUCUAAACAGCAUCACUCACCCCAGAAUAACAUGACUGUAGUCCCACCAUCAGCCCAAAUACCCCACACCACCACCUACUGUCGGCCCACCAGCUAACCUACAAGUCCCACCGACCCAACCCUCCUGUGCUCUCAAUCAUUUCUGACCUCCCUCCUCUUUCUCACUCAACGUUUGUGAGCUCUCAGUCUGGAUUUUUCUUUUUUUUUUUUUUUUUCUCUUCCACAUACACCUCUGGAACAUUUGCAACUCUUAUAGCACAUAAGCUUGUAAGUAAAGUCAUGAAUUUAUACCGCAGUUAUAAGUGAAAAUGAGGAAAAAAGACACGCUCCUUUAAAAAAAGUAUAUAUAGAUCAAAUUAGGAAAAGUCAAUACGCAGUUUUAGAAGAAACUAAUCUAAUAAAUUAUUGUACAUAGUGAAGAGCAACUACCACAGCUCCUUGAGAAUAUAAGACACAAUAAACCACUAUGCUGUUUGUUGGUCAGUUAUGUUUCAACUUUAUUCCUUACUUUCUUCCAACAAGAACAAUCGAAGUGACACACUCUAAACUCUGAGGAGGAAAGGUUGUUUUAAUGUGCUGCUUUUCCAGCUGUUUUCCUCCUUCAAGAGGAAACAUGCACAAUUUCACAUUAAACUUAUGCACUCUGGAAAUAUGGACACCUGGCUACCAGCAGAAAGCCUUCGGACUGACAUUUCCCAUGUGAGACUCAUUUUGUCACUUCUACCGUUUAUCUUUUUUCUUUCUUUUCCCGUGUAUCUCGCGUGUGGCUUUGGUGCCGAACCACCUCUGUAGUUGAAGUAUUAUAAAGAGCAAUGUUGGGAUGAGUUAAAUAACCAGGACUUCUUUUUUUAAAGUUGAAUUGUCUGAUGCUUUUUUUUCUUCUUUUUUUUUUUUUUAUAAUACCGGUAGACAUGAUGCUUGUAAACAUUGUGGAAUCGACACAGAGAAGAAAUCGGGCAUUGCCCAUACUUUAAGGCUGGACUGAAUUAUUUAAGAGACCAUGUGCGACGUUCUGAACAUGAAUGUUCUUCACAAACAUGACUCCUACUGAUGCUACAAGCAUGUAAGGUCUGUAUCAGUAUGCAACCACUUGAAUUCCAGUUAAAAUCAUCACUGCAACUUUCAUAAAUACUGACAUACAGUAUAUAACAGAGGUGAUUACACCCUUGUAUAAUCUCCCUUAAUUGUCAAAUGAUUCUAAUUUUAUCACCUCUCGAUAAUGGGCUUAUUUUUGAGUUGAACAGUAGAUAUUUGCUGUUGUGUGGAAUUAAAAAUGAACAGUUUUUACAUUGACUAUUUAAAAUACAAGCAUCACAGUGGUAACUCAAUGCAACAAAAGUAAGUACACUUUUCAUUACUGAUUCAAAUCGUUGACUUUUUUUCAUUUUUUUUGUGAGUUCACCUUUAUUUUGGACACUAAAUUUGUGGAGGGAUGUUCUAUUGUUCUUCAGUUCUUUAAGCUGCUCUUUGCUGGGGGGUUUAUGUCGCUCUAUUUCUCUCUUUAAAAUAUUCUGAAGGUCUUCUAGGAAAUUGAACUCAGGCAAUGUACUUCUCCAGAUCUUUGUUUUCACUUUGUUGUUCUUGUAGAAACUCUGAUUUUUCGAUGGUUAUCAUGCUGGACUAUUCCGCUUAAUUCAAGCCUCUUCAGACUGGAAAUGUUCUUGUCAGCCACUAUGAUGGUAUAUUCACAGAUACGAAUGGUGCUGUCUAUUGAUGUUAUUUAACACCUUUUACACUCAUCUAUCCCCAUAUUAUCACACUCUUACCUUUGUGCUUUACUGUUAGGACUAUGCAUUCACUGUGGUGGUUUUGGCCAAGUUCACACCUAUCAUAUUGGACACCAUCUGAGCCCAACAAAUUUAUCACAGGCUUAUCUGAUGAGAGAAUGCAUCCCAAAAAUUCCUCAGUCGUCUUUCCAUGUUCGUGAGAAAAGUUUGAUUCUGUGGUUUUAUCCCAAACAGGAAGCAAGGCUUAGAUGCUAAUGUUAGAAACUGUCAUCUGCACUGUCUGCCGCGUCACAAAAACUCUUAUUUUCACUCCGGAUUACUGCUGCAAUUGUGUUUUCACAGUCAGAUUUUUCAGUUCCCCUGGCAAUUCUUUUCCGUGUGGAGCCAUGAUGCAGACUAGCCCAAAGGUCCAAAACUGAGGAAAUUCUUAAACCACAAUUAUCUAGUAAGGCUAAUUGGAAAUCACAGGUGUGCUCAGCUUAUUUCAGUAUUUACGAGUGUAUUCUACUUUGUUGCAUUGAGUUUCUAAUUUUGUGCCUGUAUUUUCAACAUGUUUUUUAAGUAUUUGUUUUUAAUUGUUCAUUGGAGGUAAUACACCUCUUGUCAAACAAUGCAGUUAUUAAGAGCUGAUAUAAUUUGCCUUUAAAGUGAGAUUACACAGAGGUGUUCUCACUUCUGUUGUAUACUUUUUGUCACAACAAAUUUACAAAUGCACCGAUUAAUGUGAUGCGAGUCUGUGUUCAGGCCGAGAGCAGCAGGACUUUGACUCUGUUAUUUUUAGCCCAAUUGCAGCUUUUUAGAAAUCCUCCUCUUUUGUCUCAAACCCAGCAAGAUGUGUUUCAAACAUUGGACCUAAUUUGUAAAUAAAAGUCGAGGCAGCCUUUUCAGAGUACAGUGGUGCAAGGAACUUGAGUGUGUUUUAAAAGCAGCUGCAGUAGAUACCAUGAGAUUUUUGUCCUGUGUUAAUGAUUUUGUCAUUCCCACUUUAGUCACCCAUCCCAAAAAACGCGACUCGUGAACCAAAACAGCGUCAUCAGCUGCAGCAUCUUCUCAGUUUAUUAUAAAUCACCAAUGAGAGGUCACUCCGAGAAAAGAAGCAGACGGUGGUUUACAAGCACUGAUGGACGACUGGUGGCACUGCAAGUAGUGUCCUAUUGGUAUUUUUGUGUUACUGUUUUAUCCAGAAUUUGGCAGAGCAGUGUAGAAAUUUAAGUGAAUUCCUCUCCUCCCUGUAAGUCUUGUAUAUGCAUCUGCUAAUAAAUGCCUUUUUUGAAGACUCAAGCCCAUCUGUUUGAAUGGACCCACGGCUGAAGAGAAGAUGUUUGUGAUCUGACUACAUGUGUUGUUGUUGACGGUCAGAAUAAUGGUUGACAAUCUGGAGUGUCAUUUCACCACCUUCUUUUGUUAGAAAAUGGAAAACAGAAACACUGGAAUGUCAAAGCUUUUUAAAUAAAAAAAGGUAAAUGUGA